AUGAUAAAGUUCACGAUACUGCCCCUCUACCACGUAGUGAGAGUGACUUCAAUUGAGAAAGCUCCCGAGACAGAAGAAGAGCAAGAUUUCCAUGAAGACAACGCUUUCCGAGACAGAAGUUAUGCCUCCGCGGCCAAAAAUCUACUCGUUGAGAUGCGCCGUCAGCCAAAACACCAUCGGAAAAAUUUUUCGAAGUCGAUGGGUGCAUAUCAUAAGGAGCUCUUCUUGCUCAUAUAUGGCUGA